AUAUUUAUUUACAUUCACAAGCAAUAAAAUCAUAAUAAACAGUAAAAAGAGAAUUUAUUUGAAAGUUUCUAUAAAUAAAAAUUAACUAAAAAUGUUGGAAGUACAAUUAGAAAGUGGAAAUUGUUUAUUAACAAUUAUAAACUAUGAUCAAGAUAUUUCUAUAAGCAAAAUAUGGAGUGAUAUUGAAGAUAAAGGUAUAUCACAGAAAGAUUUUUAUAUUUUGAGCAAUGGACGUAUUAUCUAUGACGACAACGUAAUUAUAUCUGGAAACGUAAAAAUAAUUCCACGACUUCUUGGUGGUAAGGGAGGAUUUGGUUCUAUGCUGAGAGCAAUUGGUGCUCAAAUUGAGAAAACAACAAAUCGCGAAGCAUGCAGAGACUUGAGUGGUCGUAGACUGCGAGAUAUAAAUGAAGAAAAGCGUCUAAAAACAUGGAUUGAAAAACAGGCAUUGAGGGAAGAAGAAGCUGCUGAACGCAAGAAAAAGAAACUGCAACGACUCUGUGCUGAGCCUAAGCACGAGUUCAAGGACAAACAUUAUGAACACGAAAGGUCAGUGCUCGGCGAAAAAAUUGAUGACGCUGUCGAACAAGGUUUCAAAAUCGCUGUUGUAAACAAUUUGGAGUUAGAAGUGAAAAAAGUCAAGGUUGCUAAAGGGGUCAAGAGGAAAACUAUUCUUGAUGACGAUGAUAGUGAUGAUUCCGACGGGUCGGACAGUUUUGAUAACGAUGCUGAUGUCAAUCCGAAGAAAAAGUUGGCGUGUGAAAGUAAUGAUUCUUCUGCGGAUAAUAAACAGUCUAGUUCUUCAGAUGAAUCUAAUGAUAACAGUGAUGAAAAAUCAACAGAAGAAAGCAACGAUUCAUCCACAGUCGAUAAAUCUUCAGACGCUGAUCAAGAAAUUAUAAAUUCUGCCGUAGAUUCAUCGAAGGAAUUAAAAGAAAUAUCUACGCAAUAAAUUGAAUAUUUUAUUAAGCUAGAAUUCUUAU